UGUUUCAGGAGGCAUCCGGAGGGACGUCAAGAUACUCAUACGCACACAACCAUCUUAUCAGAGGUUUAGAUAGCGCAGAUGUUCAAAUCGUCAAAUCGGAAAGCUUCAGUACCGACCCCACUGUGGCGGUGAGAAGUCUUAAGGACAGCGGCGCCAGAAUUUUCCUAGGUAAUUUCGCCGAAGUCAUGGCUCGGAAGGUUUUUUGUGCGGCCUACAAAGAGGGCUUGUACGGGCCCAAAUACGUCUGGAUAGUGCUGGCAGGGUUUACAUCCAGAUGGUGGAUGGAUCCCCCCGAGGACACAGAGGACAUCGACUGUUCGCCAGAGGAGCUUCAGGAGGCCUUUACCUAUGCCUUCGGUACAGACAUUCCAGAGCUGACAAGCGGCCAAGGCGAUACUGUGGCUGGAUUGAAACCAGAGGAGUAUUUAACCGAAUACAACAAGGCCCGCAAUACGACCUACGCUCGCUUUCAUGGUUACGCAUAUGACGGUGUUUGGGCCAUUGCUCUUGCAGUACAAAAGCUGUUGCGGGUGUACAAAGGCAGUCUUCCUCUACCGAAAGAUAACCCAACCCCUUUUAUGUCAGAGUUGUUCGAACUCAUGAUGAACACCACGUCGUUCAAGGGUGUAACGGUACAGUGA